AUGGCCGCAGUGCUUCAGGAUCAAGGUCCGAACUUCACUUUUCGUAUCCAAGAAGUGGAGAUUCCGACCCUCAAACCUCGAGAAGUGCUCGUCAAGCUUGAAGCGACGGGUUUCUGUGGCACAGACUUAUCACUCGCCUAUGGCUACCUAGGCUCCUGCAACUCCAUUCUGGGCCAUGAGGGAAUUGGUCGAAUUGUAGCAACUGGCUCAGACUGUGCGAGCAAGGCGGCAGUUGAGGGACAACGGGUUGGUAUCGGCUGGAUUCGCGAUGCGUGCGGGUCGUGCCGAGUCUGUAUAAGCGCUGCAGGAGGCGAGACACGAUGCAUCACGCAAGUUUUCAGUGGUCGAGAUAUUCCCGGAACUCUUGCCAGCUUUGCUGUGGUGCCUGAGAGGUACAUCACGCCCUUACCUGACGACGUUCCCAGCGAGCUGCUGGCGCCAGUUAUGUGUGCAGGGGUCACAGCAUACAAGGCACUCAAAGUCGCCAACUCAACACCGGGGUCAUGGAUAGCUCUCUCGGGGGCAGCAGGAGGGGUGGGACUCCUGGGCUUGCAAUAUGCGAAGGCGAUGGGGUAUCGUACUAUUGCCAUCGACGGCGGUGAGAGACGGGGCGGGAUUUGUCUAGAUGCUGGUGCAGAAAUUUAUCUUGACUACGAAAAGGAGAAAGACCUAAGGAGUGCUAUUUUACGUGAGACAGGUGGAACUCUCUGUUCAGCUGUCAUUGUCUGCGCCGGAGCUGCAUCGGCGUACGAGUCGGCACUUCACUGCCUGGAUUAUUUUGGGACAUUGGUAGCAGUUGGGAUCCCUCCACCGACCUCCAAGGUGUCCUUUCACCCUUUGACUCUGAUAGACUAUGGGGUUAAGGUAAUUGGCAGUAUCACAGGAGAUCGAGUGGAUAUCCUCGAGGCAGCCGAGUUUGUUCGCAGGGGAUUGGUGAAACCGAAGGUCAUUGGCAUCGGCUUGAAUGAACUGAGUCAGUAUUCUAGGCGAGUAAAUGAGCUUGAUGGCAAGCUUGUGGUGCGGCUUGAAAAUUGA